GAAUUCAACUAAAUGGAAGAAAUGUCAGCAAAGAAGAGGAACAACCAACAUCUGCUUCCAAAUGAAGAGAAUGGGAAUAAUCCUCCCAAAAGAAAGAAGGAUGUCAGCAAUGAAGACAACCUCUAGUUGUUUGUUAAAUUUCUGUCUGAACUUAAUGAUACUCAGAAGAACAUAGUUCGAAAACUUGGUUUUGCUUCACUGCUAAAAAUCAGUUGCGCCUGCAACAUUGAUGCUAUUUUCAUGUGGCUUGCAUUACAAUUCAAUACUGCAACAUGCACUCUGGAACUGAGGAAUGGAUUCAAUUUUGAAUUCAACACAUCUAUUGUUCAUAAAAUCCUUGGAAUUCCUGCUGGUGGCUUACCAAUAAAUUCUACACCAACCAAAGAAUGUGUAGAUAUUAUCAAUAACUUUGUAAAAUCAUCAGCACCUACUACAGAGCAUCUUAUUGCGAUGAUUACGGACAACAUUUCCAAAGAAAAUUUCUCUACUAUAUUCUUGCUCCUCACUAUCUCAAGCUUGAUUCCUCCUAAUGCGAAAGGUUCCCCAUCAAAGAAAGUGCUCUGCAAAACAUUAGUUCUGCUGGCAAAUACAACUGGUGCCUUUCAACUCUAUCCUACCUAGUACAUCAAAUAAAAAAAAUUAAGUCAGGUCAUCACCAGAAGAAGGCAUUUUAUCCUGGAGGCUGCAAACUAAUCUUGGUGGUUGCGCACUUCGAAUUCUUAAUUACUUCUGAAUUCAAGUUCCCUAUCGACAUACUGCCAAGACUCCCAUUGUGGUCAUCUAGCUUGCUAAAAACUUUCACUGCCCUAGACACAAUGCACGGUGUACACCUUCAGUGCGGAAGACUUCCGAUAAGUGUUUUUGCAACAAAAACUCUUUUACCUUCUCUAAUAAUUUUACAAUCAGACUUUCCUUUCUUUUACAUUUUUUGUCCUCCACAUAUAUGUAUUCUACGUAGGUCUGUUCUCUAACAUUUUUUUUCCGGUUCAUUUAUGAUGCAAAACAGUUGAAACAUAUUUCAUCAACUCCAUUCAACAAUAUAUCAAAUGAAGGAAUAAACAAACUCCCUACAUGUAUUCUACAGUACAUCAGUUCCAAAUUUCCAUCAAUCUACAACUUACAUGAGAAGGCAAUGCUUGAAGAUAUGACCAAGAAAUUUUGGCAAACGAUAAUAUCAAACUCCAUUCCAACAACGGAAAGAUAUAUUGAUGAUCUCCAUUCGACAAUCUCCAACAGUUUGACCCACAUCAACAAUGAAAUGACAGAGUCUGCAAAUGAACAAAUUACAUCCCCGAACAACCACAUUUCAGUACACCAGCAAGCUGAACAAAUCUACUCAAACAAAUACUUCAAGGAUCCAACAACUUUUUUAUCGUCACAUGAUUUCCUGGAUUUCGCAAUGCCUUACAGUAAUCCUCCAAACUGGGAAAAGGAAGAUGGAGAUUCAUCCAUUCAAUGGUUGGACAAGAAAUUCUCAGAGUGCCUCCUUUUAGAAAACUCAUCAAGCAUUGAUGACCUGUUUCAGAAAAGCCCACCAACCUUUGAAGAUUUGUUCGUCAUCGAUAAAAUAAAUAAAGAAUAUGACUACCCAGAUAUCGAUUUCCUACAAGUACUCAAAGAUUACAUCUAUACGCACACAGAAGCGAAUGAGAUGCAAGAAACAGACAAAAUUGAUUGCACAAAAGAGAAAUUCUGUUUGACCCAACUGAAAUUCGUUAGACCUAAUCAUAACUGCAGAGAUAGCAAACUGUACUGUUUGCAACAAGGUACGGUUUCAACAACUACGCUUGCCCUAGAUGUUUCCAGGAAUACGAAAAGCUCGCAAUCAACGCCUCCUGCCAGAAGUUUUCCAACCACUCAAAACUACAACCUGGGUAGUACAUCCAAUGCGUGUCAACCACAUAAUUCAGAUAUUGACAUCCCUUCUUUUACCGCUAUAACAGACAGCCUGAAUUUAGUCCCUAUGCAAGAAGUCCCAAACAAUUACCAAGCAAAUUAUUCACCUCCUGGUUGUUCAUCAAUCCUUCCCAAAACCAACUAUGAAUCUCUUGUAAGGAAUUCAGGUAGCAACACUCAUUUCCUCUAUAGCAACAGCCCACUUAGGGCCUAUCACAAUUCUUCAGAAAAAGCAGCCAACAGAUUCAGCACCCCUAUACCAGACCCUAUCAUGUACCAAGUUCUAGAAGAUUAUGAAGCUGAAUGUUUGCUCAGAGAUAAAGCAGCAGCAGAGGAGCCACCGAUGCAGAACUUCUCUUCAGCAUCAGAAUUGCACAAAACAACUCAGCUCAAUUCGAAACAAGUUAUUUUCUCAACAGCAGUUCAAGCAGAUUUCUUCAAAAUGAUGUCGUCACUUCUACCUCAUAUAGACAUCAGCCAAAGGAUAUUCCAAAUAGAUAACGUGUGGGUCGAUCAAAAAACUUUGACUGUUUCAAUGAGGCCAGGCGGCUGGAUGAACCCACACACUUUGGAUUGCUAUUCUAAAAUGCUCAACACAGAUCUACUCAAUCGGGGAAGGCAGGGUCUAAUACCAAGCAACGAACCUAUUGUCCAUAUCGUCGGCAUAGAAAACAUGGAACUUCUAAUGAGACCCUUACUAAACCAUUCAGAUCCAAUAUGCGCAGACAUGUUAAGCGAAGCAACUGUUGGGUUCAGUUUACAGAACGCAAACUUCGUUCAUCUGCCUUGCUUCAAUGACAAACAGUGGAUUGUAAUCACUGAUAACUUUGACAGUGGCAAGUUCUUUGAUAUAAUGAAUCCUGAUGGAUCUGGAAACAACAAAUUCACUACAAUUAUCAGCACUGUUACAUUCAACUUCAAGAGUCUGUUUGCGAAAACAUACCCAAAUUGCAUCGCAUUCAACAUAAAAGAAUUUGACUACCGUUUUGUUCCAGUACCCCAGACUCAUUUCAGGUACGACACCGGCAUAUUCCUCCUGCAAAUUCUAAAAACAUACCGGGGGAUGGGAGUGCCAGGAUUCACAACUCAUGACCUACAGGCCGUAAGAGAAAUAUUUCUGUACGAAAUAGCGACUUGUUCCAACAGUGAAGUUCAACUACCAUUGGUCAAAGCUUUCCAACAAAAUCACGGUUUCCGGCUAUUCAGGUGAAUCAAUAUUCAGCUUAAACCAUGUUCAAGAUACAAGAUGACCACAUUUUGAUCACAUAAACAUUUUUCUCCAUUUUACUUUUUUCUCUACCAAAUGAGAACUAAUUUCCUUCUCGUGCUACUCGAAUGAACAAAAUGUUGAGGGGGUCAUUUGUUCAAAACAAGUCUGAAAUAUUUAUUUUUUGUUCUGUUGUACUAAACAUUCAAU